AUGGCUGACAUGUUGCCUGAAUGUUUCAUUCAAAAAAUACUCUCUUCUCUUAGUUUUGAUGAAGCAGCGCGGAUGAGCAUUCUUUCCAAAACAUGGCUGCAAGCCUGGUCGACUCUUCCCGACUUGGAAUUUAAUGUUAAGUUUUGCAAAGGCGAUAUAAAGAUAUUGGACACAAUUAUGGAGAGAUAUGGAAACGGAAAAAUCCCUAUAGAAAAGUUUGACUUAUCAGAGCUCUUAGGCGAUUCUCAUGAAGUUUUCCCUCUGAUUGAUAAGUGGCUUAACAUUGCACUUCAAAAUGGCGUAAACAAUCUUGUCCUUAACUAUAAAUCAUACCCCGUGCCUAUUUUAACAAUCUUGGCAGCAAAAUCUUUAAGAAAAUUGAUUCUGAAGAGUUGUACUCUUUUGCCUAUUUCUUUAUCCGGUGGUGUUGUGAAACACAAUUCUUUGAGAAAGCUUUCUCUAUCUUAUGUAAAAUUACACGAAAACAUGCUUCAGACUCUACUUAAUAGUUGUCCCUUGAUUGUCUCUUUCAUCUUUGAGUAUUGUUCGGACUUGGAAACAAUUGAGCUAGUGAAUCUUCAAAAGAUCAAGUCGGUUUCCCUGAAGGUCUUGAAGAUUCGGUUUAGUGGGAGCAUAUGGGAGAUUGAUGCUCCAAAUUUGGUGUCAUUUGAGUACACAGGGAAUCAAAUUCCUGAACUUCAAAUUGUGAGAGAGUCAAAACAACUGAAGCACUCAAAAAUCAUUCUUCACCGCUUAGACAAUAUAAAUGCUGACUGGUUUUGUAAGUUGAGGAAGUUUCUAUCAAAUUCGACCUCUUGGUCUCAAGUUUCCCUUUAUUUUUAUGAAUGCGCGGAGAUUAAAAUGAAAGAUCUGCAACAACACCACAGAGUUGCUACGCCCGAGGUGGACAUUUUAGAUGUCAACAUUCUGUGGCAGAAUCACGAAUACCCUUCGUUUGUGGAUGCUUUGGUAUGGAGUUGUCAGCCUAGGAGACUCAACUUGCAAUUAACAAGAGAAAUGGUUACAGUUUUCAUUGAUCGUUUGAUGCAUAUGAAGAAUUCGAUUCAGUCUACUUCUCAUGGAAGCAACCCUUGGUAUAGUCAAUUAAAAGAAGUAAAAGUCCACAAAUUUGAUAGGAAGAAGGAGAUUUGGUAUCCUGUGGAACACAAACUUGGGGAGCGGGCAACAAUGAACCUUGAUAGAUAUUAUAUUUUAUUAGAUUGGUAA